AUGCUAAUCCUCAAUCACUCCAGCUUCACAACCUUCACUCUGAUGGGUAUACCUGGCUUAGAGUCACAGCACAUGUGGCUCUCCAUUCCUUUUGCCUCCAUGUUUUUGGUUAUUCUCAUUGGCAAUGGCACUAUCCUCUUCCUGGUGGCCACAGAGCCCACACUUCAGACACCAAUGUAUCUGCUGCUGGCUCUACUGAUGGUGGCUGAUCUCGUAUCGACUCUCUGUCUGGUGCCCAAGCUCCUCUGCCUCUUCUGGUUUAAUGACCAAGACAUUGAUGCUGGUUCCUGUUUCACCCAGAUGUUUUUCAUCCAUGGAGCAUCUGUGGUGCGCUCAUCUCUUCUCGUGGCAAUGGCCUUUGACCGCUUUGUGGCUGUAUGUGAACCCUUACGCUAUAACACAAUUCUAAGCCAUGCCCUCAUUGGACGCCUGGGAUUGUUAGCUCUAGCCAAAGGUGUGCUUCUCAUCCUGCCAAUGCCUCUGCUGCUUCAAAGGUUGACUUUUUGUCGCACAGCCAUUUCUCACACCUACUGUGAUCACAUGGCUGUGGUGAAAAUGGCCUGUGACCACACCAGACCCAAUCGGAUCUACGGGCUCUUUGUGAUUUUGCUUGUAGUGGGACUUGACCUACUACUCAUUGGCCUCUCUUACACCCUCAUUCUGCAGUCUGUGUUGCGUCUCAGCUCUCGAAAUGCCACCCAUAAAGCUCUCCACACCUGCUCAGCCCACUUUUUUGUCAUCCUUGUCACUUACGUGCCUGCACUCCUGUCCUCGAUCACUCACCGCAUUGGUCGCCAUAUCCCACCUCAUGCUCAUAUUCUCCUUGCCAAUCUUUACCUUCUCCUUCCUUCACUGCUCAACCCCAUCAUCUAUGGUAUAAAGACGAAGGAAAUCCGUGACAAAGUGGCCAAAUACAUGUGCAGAGGAACUCCAUAA